AUGGCGCGACGUCUGGGCUGGAAAACCGAAUUAGUCGCCCGCUUUGAAGAUAGAUUGACCUUCCCGCCUCUCGAACUCCCGCUGCGAAUCGACCCGGCUGCAAUUCAGGAUUUUGACUAUCGCAGGGUCUAUGCGAGGGGCGUGUUGAGACAUGAUCAGGAGAUGUUGAUUGGGCCGCGGAUUUUGGAUGGCGAAGAGGGGUACACGGUUGUUACGCCGCUCGAACGGCGGGAUGCGCGCGGCAAUGUGCAUAAGAUAUUGGCGUGCAGGGGGUGGAUCAAGAAGGACGCUGCGCCGCAGUGGUUUCGCAAGAAGAAUGGGGCGUUGCCUGAGGGUGAGGUUACGAUUGAGGGCUUAUUGAGGAUACCGCCCAAGGGCAACAUGUUUACGCCGAAAAACGAGCCGGAAAAGGGAAAGUGGUUCUUUCCCAGUGUCGAGGAGAUGGCCGAGUAUAGCGGGAGUCAGGCUGUGUGGGUGGAGGAGACGAUGAGUAAGUAA